CUGGGGGCAGAAUUUCCUGUUCAAAGUUCACCCUUUCUUCGUGUGUUGUUUUACUGUAUGCUCACUUGUGUGUAACGGUUCAUUUUGGGUUUUCGUUGCGGAUUUUUCUUUUAAAAAAUAACAUUUCUCUGUAUAAUAUAUUCUUUGCACAGCGACAAUAAUGAGAUAACCUAGUGAUAUUCGAUAGUUAGCUAGCUGUCAGGAGGAGCAGUCAGUCAUUCUUGUGUUUCUGUAGCUUUAGGAUCAUAUCACUGAGUUAUUCUAAUCAUGGAGAAUUCAUUUGAGUCUGUGGUGAAUUUGCUGGAGUCCUACCGAGGAAGAGAUAAAGUGAUAAGGACAGUUUGUUAUGCAUCGCAGCUGGUGGGUGGCAUCAUUUCAAGAAAAACAUCCAACUCCUCACAACUCUGCAAGAGUCUUAUGCUCUUCUCAGCUCAGCUCAGUCACUGCCGGACAGUACUGCGCCUCUUUGAUGACCUUUCCAUGGCUGCUUACUCACUGAGCUACGGUCUAGGAUCCACGGAGGAGGACAAGGUGCUGCGGUGCAUGUCGGUUCUGAUAAACGUGGCAGAUCAGCUGUAUUAUCCGUGUGAACACAUAGCCUGGGCGGCUGAUGCAGAGCUCAUUAAAGUCAAGUCUGAAAAAUGGUGGACACUGAGCACAGUGCUGUGGGGCGUGUCUUUACUUCUGGGCAUUUUCAGAUCGCUCAGAGUAAUCCGGAAAUUAAGAAAGAAGGCCCAAAAAUGCAGAGAAGCAGGACAAGCGGUCAGCAGGGAGAAUGCUGCUAGCACCACUGCUGAGAUUCAGAAGCAGCUUCGGGGAGAGUUCCUUAAUAUUCUCAGCAGCCUCGCAGAUCUGAGCAACGCUGUUCAUUGGAUGCCGCCUGGGUUUCUAUGGGCGGGAUGCUUCCCUGAUUGGCUGGUGGGACUGUUAGGAACCGCCUCCUCUCUGCUUGGCAUGCUGCACAUGCGUAGCAGCGAUUAAAGUGCCAGUGUCUGACAUGAUGGAGUGUGGGGACCUGAAUGAACAUCUUUUUUUAACAUUUAACGUUCCUAUUAAGGUUUACAUGGUGAUGCAAACUUUACAAUGAUUUCACAUAGUACACUAUUCCAUUAAUAUGUAAAUAAUCAGCAUGAUGUAUAUAAUAAAUAAUUAUGUAAUAUGUAAUGAAGAGAAGGAUUGUACAGUAAAAUGAAUUCAAUUUAAAAAAAAGUACAAUAAAGAUUAGCACAGAAAUUAAUUUAUACAUGGAAACUGGAAUAAACAGAGUGCUUCUGUGUUUUA